CGCCCGCCUGGCGGGGAAGCGGCGGGGGAAGGGAACAGAGCGGACGCGGCGCCGCCGCCGCCAUUGCACAGGUUCCGCUCCCGUCGCCGCCAUUCCCGGCCAGUCCCGGCCAUGUACCGGCCGGGAUUCCGCGCACCCACACCUCCCUACGCGGGCGGCGGCUUCCGGAGCCCUCCCUCCGGCGGAGGACCCCUGCCGCCCUCUCCGCGGGGCUACGGGAGCCCCCACCACACGCCGCCCUACGGCCACCGGCCCGGGCCGUACGGCAGCGGCCUCUCGCCCCGAGGCCCCGGGUUCCACGGGCGCUUCGGGAGCCCCUCGCCGGGGGCGCAGACCCCGCGCAGGCCGCAGAGCGUCAGUCCCCGGUAUCCGGCUCCGUACGGCGGCUCGUCCCCGGCCGGAGCGCCUCUGCACCCGCCGCCGCAGCACAAGCGCUCGCCCGGCGGCUUCCAGAGGCACUUUCAGGGAUCACCCAGGACAUCUACUCCAUUUGGUACAGCGCAUGGCAGAGAGAAAAGAGUGUCUAAUGAUGUGGAAAACUAUUACAGACCUUCAAUGCUUGAGGACCCAUGGGCUGGCCUAGAGCCAGUGUCUGUUACAGACAUAAACCAGCAUUACAGCAGUGAGCAAACAACAUGCACUGGUAAAAAAGGGAGGUAUUUCAGCUAACACUUUUAAAGGCCAAAUAAUUCCAUCUUGUCAGGAAAACUUUGGGACAGAAUCUUUACACUUACACAAAAUGAACAAUAAUCAAGACCUUAGAUAAUACUUUUAUUUCAUCACAUGUCCACCCUUUUAUCCUACCUUUUUUUUAUUGCAUUGGAUAUUUUUAUGUAUGGGAGGCAAAAGGAGUGGUAGGAAAACUUACAUUUCUGGCUAUAUGGAAGUGCCUACCAGCUCUGAAGAACAGUGUUCUUUAAUCACCAGCGACUGAUUUGUGACUGUUAAAACAAGUUUCCAUAUACUUACCUCUCCCAUGCCAGAUUGUUAGCCUUCUAUUGUAAAGUCUUUUAGGAAGUGGUAUUUUUUAUGUUUCAACAUUUUUAGAUUGAAAAAACGUGGUAAUAAAAUAAAGUUUUGUAAAUCCUUGUUUUGUAAUGUAUAAAUAAUAUUUUAGGAGCUUUGUUAAGGUGAACACAUUAACACAGUAAUUCACAACACGGAAAUUAGGUGACUUCUUGUAAGUGUGCUUGUAUGCUGUAGUUAACAUCUGGUUUUGUGCAUAAUAAUUUUUGUUAAUUGCAGUGUAAUGUGAAGUUGAAACAUGACUUAUAGCCAUCUCAGGAAACAAAUGUAUUGGUUUUGGAAAUUUUGAUUUGUUGAGCAAACUCAAGUCACAAACUUAAUUCUGGAAUUAUUUGCUUUUGUGUUUAAAAAUAUAUAUAUCUGGAUCAAUAUUAGAAAUUUCUGGAUUAUAGUAACAAGUCUGUUCAUUGACAAUUUAAGUCUAAAGAAUGCAUAAAACGUCAAACUUAAGUAUUAAUGCAAAUGUUCUUUCUGGAUGCACCUGCUAGAGUAGUACAGAAUGAGUGACAGUUUUUGUUACACAGUUGACAUUAGUACAUGCAUUACAUGCAUAGCAUCUUUUUUUAAUCCAUUUGAUAUUUUUCAAUUAUUUUUUUUUAAUUUAGAGCAGGCAUCAUUGCCAGGAGAAUUGUUUUGUGUGUGUACAUGCUAUAUUUUUAUAAUGAAGAGGAAAGCAAUGCUUUGGGGUUUUUUUAGAGCUUGUUUUUACAUGGAAGAUCCAUGCUUAAAUCCUGGAGUGAAUAUCAUAUUUUAGAGUAAAAAAGACAUAGUUCCAGCUGCAGGCAUGUUCUUAACUUGCCAUGUUAAGCCUGCAGUAGUUAGAUAAAUUUCUUGUUGAACAUGCUAGUAUUUGUUUGUUGAUCUUGGCUUUUAAGUCAAGGUAGAGUGUAAAAACUUCGUUAAAUAAAACCAUUAGUUUAGUUUCCAAAAUACAUGUGUUCUUUUAAGCUUCUUAUGCACUCAAAACAUAUUUUUGUAGUCCUGAGGCACAAUUAGGUAGAACAGCACAGGAAAUCCCAUUAAAGUGUUCUUUGUAACUUGUCUUUUGCUGAGGUAGAAUAGUCCUCUGUACUCUUUAUCUGUUUCAGCAUAAGAUGUGUUAGGUUAAUACUGCCUUCAGGAACAACUUCAAACUGUAAGGGGAGCUUAAUAUGUUCAAAUGUUCUGAGUCUCUUGUAUUCUUAGGACCACAAUCUAAAGUGUGUCACCCGUGUCUUCCCCCGGUUCACCCUAUUAUUUUAGUAUUAUAUCUAAAAAGGCUGCCUCAAGAACUGAGAACAUAAUGCCUGCUGGAUAUCAAGAAUGUUUAAAUCUUCAUCCCAGAGUCAAAAAAUGGUGCCUUAAAUGGCAGCUAUCAGUAUUGUUAUCUUUAAUAGGUACCAGCUAAACUAAGAUGAUUUGAUAAGUUUUAGAAUUUAUGCAUAAGUUAUUCAGCAUCAUUGUGAAAAUUGAAGUAUAAAUUUUUCUUUCCUUUUUUGUUUUUUAAACCUUCUCAGGUGCUGUUAAGCUCACGGGAAAAAAAAAAAGUUGCAGUGUGCUUAAUCAAGUGCCCUGUUUCGUUGCCAUUUCCCAUGUAAUUGAAAUGCAAUUUAUUUUUUGCCCUGUUUCGUUGCCAUUUCCCAUGUAAUUGAAAUGCAAUUUAUUUUUUGCAAUAUUUGGUGAUCUUGGAGAAACAAAUAUGAUUUUAUUUAAGAGAGUGAAUCCAUGAUGUGUUCUCAGUUAGAUGUGGUAAGAGUCUGGUUUUGGAAGGGAGAAAGGAAAGAUAGGGGAUUCCUGAGAGAAAAGAGACUGUUAGAGGUAGGACUUCUUACAGAGUAGCCAGCAUCACCUGCCCUUGCACAUUGCAAAGAUGGAUUUUUCCACUUUGGCAUUGCAGUUGACCCAGGCAUCAAAGCCAGACUCCUCUGGUAAUAACUGUUAAGUUCUGGAACCAGGUAUCAGACACCAGUGAAGGUAAAUGUUCCAGAAAGAAAACUGAGGAAAUAAUUUUGAAACACUGUUUAAUCCUUGCAGACCUUCCACUAUGUCGUCUGUUAAAUUGCUGCUUCAGUGCACUUCAGGAUAUGACUCAACAGUUUUAAGUACAUCAUACUGCUAAAGGCUACAGUCACUUGGUCAAGAAUCAGCACCAAAAACUUUAAAAUUAUUCACCUUUCUGGCUUAUGGGAGAAAUUCUGUAAUUACAGUAAAAUUUGAAUAUGUUAUUGUUGGAGAGCUGUAAAAUGCAUGAACACCUGUUCAGAACUAUAAAUAUAAUGUUCUUAAAGACAAUUAAAGCUUUGCCUUUUUGCCAUGAUAUCUAUGAAGCUUAAGAACAUACCUCCUCACCAGUUUGUGGGGUUUUGUUUACCAUUUGGCAAACAUCUGAUGGAAAGAGGAUAUAUCACUUCCUCAUUUGUCAGUGAAGCCACUUCAGAGUACCACUACGACUCUGGAAAUAGCAUGUGAUGAUAAAAUGUAAAGCACAAAAUACAUCAUUUUUUCAUGAGCCCGUGAAACAAAAUAGUGCUUAUGUCUUGUUAAUGAAGGGAUUCCUCUGUAAUGAACACAAUAUGUGGGCAUUGCUCCUUCUUCAACAGACUUCAUAGAUUUGAAGGUAAGUUAGCUUCUUUUUCAUAAGUUCAUACACUUAACCAUUCUGUUUCGUUUGCCUUGUGUUUGUCUGUCAAGUCCAUUUGACUUUCUCUUCAGUUGUUGUAAAGAAGUGUAACUCAUGACUGGAUUUUAAAUUUCAUCAGCAUCUUCUGCAGUAAAGUCACAGGUGAAUUCCACUGCCCUUUUUUUACUCAUCUGUGGCUGUUGAACAGAACAGGCUGUUGUUCUGAAUUAGUCAUGUAAACAUUUGUAUGCACAAAUGGAACUCCUGCAGCUAAAAGGGGUCAUACCAGUACAGUUCCAGAGCAAACUUUUUAAUGCUGCCAACAAUCCUGCUAUUAUAAUCUGCACCAGAAAUCUGCAUGUACUACCCUGCUUCUGCGUAGCAGUAACCAUGCUGUUUGAUGCUGUGUUAAACUGCACUUAAACCUGGUACCCAUAUGUAUUUUGCCACAGUCUAAUUGCUGUGUAUUCAAGGUAGUUAAAAGCUGUUACUGUAGAGUCAAUAGGUUCAAAUCCUUGUUGUAUGUAUGAGGAAAUUCCUAUGAGUUCAAACUGCUGAACAUGAUGUCAAUGGAAAUGUUAGUAUACCACUAAAGGGAAGAACAAAACCUCUUUCACACUGAUGGCAAAUGAUUCUAUUUUCAAGCAUCACAGAGCUGCUGUUAAAACAAGGGAAGAGGAAUCAAGCUAGUUGACAGCAUCUGUGGAUGACUGCACAGCAGAAAGUACAAAUAACAGGGCUGACAUAAGCUUUAAAAAGCACUGAUUGCCAGCUUGGGAGUAGUAUCAUCAAUAAUUGGAUUGUAAGUAGCAAUUCCAGUGUUCUUAAAUCAAACCACCACCUCCUGUGGCUUUAUGAAGAUUUUUUGGUUAAUGUAAAAGGCUUUGAGCUAUAUUCCCUUAAUAGAUGUUGGAAAUUAAUGUUACUAUUCCUGCAGUUAAGUUUGCAGAAGAGACUGUCUUCAUCACUUGUCUGUGAAGUUUCGUUUCUUUGCCUUUUUUUUUUUUUUUUAAGCUAAGAAAAAACAGGAUUUGAAAAUUUCAGGGAUUGUAACAAAGAUAAAAGGGAGAAUUAACAUGUGCAAAUGGUCCAAGAGUACAACUUGAGUUAAUAACUAUAAGAAAGCACUGAGAAUCUAUCAAUUACUUGGCAUUGCACUUUCCUAAGGCUGUUUCCCUUGUCUGUAAUUUUUAAUAGCCUCCUGAUUCCUGUGGCAAUUAAAUUACACUAAGGAAAAUUACUGGGUUGCUAAUUUCCACGUGUUGGAGAGCUGUUUGCGCACUAUGGGCAACAGGUUAAGAAACUGUGAUAACUGUUUGCAAAUGAAUGAGCUGCCAAAUUGUGUCCCUGUUGGAACUGAAAACACCUCACACUGCCAGCAGCGUUCCUGUACUUAGAAUAGUUUCUAAAAUAAAAUACCAAGCACGCAGAAAGCUUGUGCAAAGAACCUUUGAAUCUGUGUUUUCAAGGUACCUGUUGCAUCUGGUUGUAUUUUCUGAUGGUAUUUCAUUUCCUCUCGCAGCAAUUGCUGCAUGUUUUAUACAUUGGCUGUCCUGUAGACUGUCAUCCUCAUUGCUGUGACAUGAGGAAGAAAUAGUUACUGUCUGUACUUUGUGAAUGUACUACUAGUAACAGCCCAGUUUAGUUUCUCUCUGCUAUUAGAUCAUCCCAGUACACAUUAACCAAAUCUCUAUGGUCUUACAGCUUUCAUAGUAGAUUCUAGUACAUUAUUAAACAUAUCUACAAGGCUUUGUGUACUUUAUAUUUUAAGCAAACAGUUUAAAGGGACCUACCAAAAGUGGUUGUUUAACACACACAGCCCCACCUAACUCUAUCCAGAGAAAUAACUUAGACAGUCUUACCCUUAUUUCUCCUCUCCGGAGAGUUUUCAGUUGUCUCUUUACUCCCCUCCCCCUUUUUUUUUCAGUACUGUCCAUACAGCGGCCAUAAGUCUAGGCUCUUCUGCCUUGCUUUUCCAUGGAAAUAAGCAUACCCUCCCUACACUUUCCAUUGGAAUAGGUUCACUCCACCCUUCAGGGCUCUGCUGGAGGGUUUGAUGGAAUCAGUGUCAUCCAACCACCCAGCACAUUCAGUCCCUACAGGUCCUGUUUACAUUGCUGGAGAUGACAGUAUUAUGACAGCAAGUAAAGUCACACAGAUCUCUGCUGACUCAUCUAAAUGAGCCUGCACUGGUUGAGUGGUGGACUUUGUAGUCAGAUGUGCAGUGGUAACAGUAAAACACAGACAUGACCUUGCCAUAGUGGCCACCCUUCAGAUUUAAAAAAAGCCACUACUGAACAUGCAGACAAGUGGUGCUCAAAUCUGUGUUAAACAUUGCAAAUUUAGCAACAAUAAACAGGCAAAGUCACUCUAAAAAGACAACAGAAAAAGUGUGUAAGAAGAAGGCACAGGGAAAGUGUUGCAUUGAUUCCAGUUCUUUCUGGUAGCUUCCCAACACAACCAUCUCUUAAAUACUUAUAUUUCCACUAAGGAUAGCCUCAUUGAUUAGUACACCAAGUUGAAUGGAGGAAAACUAUCUCAUGAAAGCAAAAAAAUCUUGCUCCAGCAGCCACAGGAUGUAUUACUGUUUUUAAAUCCAUGAAUGACAAGAAAGCAGAUAUGCAUUUCUGAGAGAAGUGAGUUUGGUGGACAGCAGAAAUCAAAAGGUUGUCUGCCUAGGGACCUUUCCUAUUCAAUAUACUUAAUUAUUUACUGCCAAUAAUCAUUUACUGCCAGUUUGAAAAGAUAACUUCAGUCCAGUGCUAGUUAUUUCAGUGCUAAAUUCUACUUAGACGCUUUUGAACAGCCCGAAGAUCUGCUACAGAGCAACUCCUUUCAGUCUUGAAACCUUUCAAUGAGCAGAAGGAAAAAGCAAGUUUCUGGUGUCAUUCUAACUGUAUUAAUAUAUCAGAGAAAAACAGCAGAAACACAUCUAGUCAAAGCAUAUGGCUUUAACAGCAACUAGUCUAUUUCUAGGUAAGCAUCCUAAAAUAAAUAAUCCAGUUUCAGGCCUGGCAAAGAUCAUCCGUUCAGCCAACUUGCCCCUCCAGCAUCUCCUGGCAUGGAGACAAUGCAGUGAAAGGGUCUGCACCUUCAAAAACACACCAUUUGCAGGAGUCGUUCUCAGUCAUUUGUAAUAUCAGAAAGCGUCAGAACAGAACAUGGGCAAGAGUCCAGAACAUGUUAAAAGUGUCCCCAUAAGUGACACAAAAGCGUAGAAGGCUGAAGAAAGGUAAGACCUGCAUUCAUUCCCUCACUGUUUCUUCACAGGCUCCACAACAUUGUGGCCAAGCCCUGCAGUUUCUCUGGAGUCACUUUCCACAAGUAAUUCCCAAUAUUCUUUCUGUGGCUGACAUUUCAGUUGAACGAGAUAUUUCUCUCUUAAAAGACUUCCACUCUUUUGUGACUUAAGCCAUCCAUAAAUUAUUUUUUUAUUCCUAAUGUAUUGAUUUAUUAUAAAAUAAACAUUUAAUUAUUAUUCAGAGCUAUGUGUACCACAAGAUUUUUCGAUUCUGAGCUACCACUGUUUGCCUAGUUCUGACAAAGCAAAUACAAGUGUUUUCAAAUCAUACAGAUUAAGAUUGAAUAGUUUAAAAUGUGUUUCAAACUAAGCUUGCUGAUGGCUAGAGCAAGAAAGUUAAUUCCAGUGAGCUUUUCUAACAGUGAAUCUUAGAACUGCCUGUGACCAUCUUUUUUAUAACUAUGUUGUUGUUGCAUCAAUUGCAAAGCAAUUUACAAAGGUACUUCAAUCUAUAACAUGUCUGCUGCUUUUUCUGCCUGCAGUUUUCACACUCCUGCUUCAUUAUUUUUGUCCUGAGGUCCUGUUGAAUUUUUGUUUAUUUCUUUUUACUAGUUGCAAGUUUUAAGGAUCUUUCAAAAUGGUGAAGAAAAGUUGGUUUUAAAGUUCCACGUAGUAUCUAUACAUAUUGAGUCCCAAAGAGUGAGUGAAAUGAAUAACUUGUAUGAUUCUAGUUGUGAAGAGGUAUGGAAUUCAGACCUUUUCAGUAUCCAUAAACUAAAGCAGUAAGUGAAAUACACUUUUUACUAAGAAAUGCUUCAUACAUUUUGGUCAAAUCCCAAAUCUCAUUGACAAUCAGUUGGUGGUAGAAAGAAUUAUAUCCUGUGAAAUCCUGCACAAUGUUAUGUCUGAACCUCACCUGGCAAACACCAGUUUUGCUUAAACCACAACAAGGACACUUAAUAUUUAAAGAUUUGUCUUUGUGGUAUCCCAGGCGGAAAGAGUUAAAACAAUUCACAGCUUUUUCUUGGAAUUUCCCUCUCCCCUCCAGAGGGGUCUGUUCUGGAGUCAUGUAAACGCAGACAUCUGCUUGCUGUCACUCCAUCCUUAUUUUGAAUUCAUAAGAAUAGAAAGAAUCCCAGAGGGAGUUCCAGACCAGGCCACUUUCAGCCACCAGCCCUCCAUGCCUUUAUCCAGUAAAAAGGCAGAUGAAGUGCUGGGGCUCAUACAUAUUUCAUGAAACUUCUGGCUAUGGUUUUUGUUAAACUUUGAAAUUAAUAAUGCAAUUCAUUCUGUCUGAAAAUAGUAUCAAACCAAAUUUAUUUUUCAUGUAGAAAGUGGAAAAAACUUUUAUAUACCUAAAAUGUGUAAAGGAAAUUGUGAAAUUCAGUAAGCUUAUGGUAAGAAGACCAUUAAACUAGAGUUGCUGUCUUUAACAAAAAAAGUUUUCUAGGCAAAGUCUGGUAUUUUAGUGGAAGUCUCUCCAUCUCUUGUGCUUCUCUUUGGAGGUACAAACAACCUCUUUAUAUUUAGAAAUCUAGAAAUCGGCCCUCCUCUUUUUUAUUACUUUUCCUCUCUGUUACACCAGGCAGGCAAGUGUGGAAGACCUGAGCAAAUAGGAGAACAGUGAUUCACAGUUGUAGAAAGAGCUUUAAUCCCUAUAUCCUGCUAAACAGAAAUUCACCUUACAGAUGUAAACAUUACUUUUAAUAUAAAACUAAACCAACACAUUAAUUGUAUUUCAUUAAGUAUCAAAUCAGUCUAUUGAGGAGACAACGUUAUUAGUCCAACAUUUUGCAUUUGGGAAAAUGAAUGAAUAGCAAGACGAGAUGUCUUGCUUAAGCCUUAUUAUUGUUUAGUGGCAGAAGAGAAUCUGGUAUUUUCUGCCCUCCCUAUUGCAUUCCCUAAUCAAUAACAUUUUUAGAACAAGUUUCAAAUGCAUUGUCUUCCUAUGAGGAGGGAUGCCAGUAGAAAGUCAGCCAUGCUUUCCAACACAUGGUAAUGAUAUGUGGUAGCUGUUUAAUUCUGUGAGAAUCUCUCUCACUCUCUUCUAUAACUGUUCAUUAAAUGUUCCAAAUUCUGAUAGAGCUCUGAAAAGAACUCCUUAAUUUCUUCAAGCACCUUUCAAAUCUAUUGUAGAGAAUAAAAAUAGACUCAGAAACAUUGCUCUUAACAAAAGAAUAAGCAUUUAAGGACUUUGAAUAAAUGAGAAUUUCCAUGAUUUCUUUGAUAACCUACAUGUUUGUGUACUUCACAGCUCUCCAGGAGAGAGUCUUCCGUGGCCAAAAUAUGUAUGCCAAAUGAUACAUAAUUUUUUUAAUGGAAGGUGGUUUUAUUAAAAACCACCAACAUUAUUUAAAAGGGAAAUUCUGAGACUGGAGAAUUAAAUGGAAAUCCCUGCUGAAGUUAACAGGGGUUCUGGUUUUCAUCCUUAGUCUGAACUAAAAUCUGCAAUGACAGCAGGAACAAUUUCAACCUAAGACAAUAGUUUUAAGUUUUCAUUCACAACACCAUAGCAAUGGAGGUCACAAUCUCAUUAGAAGAGAAAUAUUUACUCUAUUGAAUUUCACUGCAUAUGGGAAUGAUUUAUGCUGUAAUCAGAAGCAUAGCCCCUUCCAGUAGAAGAUUCUCAAGCAAUUAUUAUGGAGCAAACCAAUCUUUAGCUCACUAGGCAUUAAUUUAACAAGACUUUUUUUUUAAUGACCAGUAUCUUCAUAACUGAUCGAUGUUUAAUCUGGUGCAGCAUCUGCUCUCUCAGUCUCCUGUGGUUCAGCUUUUCAAAUUAAUAAGUCAGAAAGCAAAUUGUGACAGUAUUAUAAAAUGUAUUGUAAUAAACUUUCCAUGUUUCAGAACAGAAAAAUAAUCCACAAAUUGAUUUCCAGAGUUGAGAUUACAGGUCCUGAAGGGUUUUUUGGUUGGGGACUCUUUUUGGACAGGAGCUUUAAGUGACAUCAUCACAUUCUAAAGCAUAGAACUGUCACCAUAAUUAUAAGUCAUUUCAUGCAUUUUAUUUUUUAAAAGCUACAGAAAAUCAAGCCUAAAAAUAUUAAUGCAUUUCUAGUAGUGGUCAAGCUGUGCAAAUGCUGAAUUUAUAUUUCAAGCAAUAUGCAAUACUUCACAUGAUGUAGAUGAUGUUUUGCAAAACACAGGGUGUAUAAGUGUUACAAACCUGAUUUCUUGCUUUUUAUGACUACCUACAGAGUGCUUAAUGACAACGUGAGGCAGCUUUUGCUUUCCCAUUUUAGAACUGCUCUGAAGAACAGUAGGAGCUGCCAGCUUCCCCGGUGCACUUUGGAGCAUCCUACCAAUAAGAAAUUGAAUCCCAUUUGUUGGGUCUGUUUAUGUGCUGAUGAAUUGAAUAAUGCUGCUGUGGAUGUGUUCUCUCUCCUGUCCUGUGAAAUCCUUCAACUGAGUUACAUGACUUGUCAAGGCAUUACACAAGCAAAUGGUGGUUUCUUGGAAAGGGUGGAGCCCAUCUCGUGUUAAACACUCUGCAUAGCAAAGCAAAUGCUUUUGUGUUUUUCAUGUUGAUAUUGUCUUGUCAAGCUGUUGUCUCUGCAUUGUGUAGAAACUUGGUCAGUUAUCACCAUUUCCUAUAGCAGGAGCUGUUUGAAAUAUCCAUCACACAAGAAAUAGAUUCCCUCAAAUUGAAUAUCAGUGAAGCAUCUAUAUUUGAUGUUUUUCUAUUCUGCAUUUGAAUCCUGACUUCUUCCUGUUAGCUGCAGCCUCUUAUGUUAUCAGAAGACGGUUUUAAACAUUUUUAUUUUUAUUUAGUCAAUAUAACUGAUCCCUCUUAUUCUCAUAGUAUUUUUUUUCUGGAUUCUUUGUAGGAAAUUGAUGAUUUCACCUAAAUUUAAACCACCAGCUUCCUUAUUAUAUUAUGGACCACACUGACUGUAUUUAGUUUUGUUGGAUGCUCUUUACUCCCCUUCGGCUCUUGCCACCACAAACAUGUCAUAUAGAUUAAAUAUUUAGGGAAGCAGCCUCAUAUUGGGACUGCAUCUCAAACAAUCCAAUACAAUUUGAUGGAAAUACUUAUUCAGUGCUUUGAUUUACAGCUUCCCAUAAUGAAGGGCAUUGUGUAACAGCUUUUACAAUACAAAAGCUCCAUAACGCUGAAACCUUAAUACAAGACUGAGGAAUGAAAAAUAGAAAAAACAAAACAAAACAAAAAAAGACAAUGGAAGAGGUUGCAAGGUAGCAACAAAUGACUUAAAUAAAGCAUACAGAAUGUUUCUCUGAAUACAAAGAAACAAUUUGCAUUCUGACAAUCGAGACUAGCAAGAAAUAUCCAAAUUCAAACUGAAUUGGAGCUUCCCAGGAGAUCAGUUGAAAGAAAAGGUCAUCUCCAAUUCACCUGAUGCUAAAAGCUGAAAUAGGGAUAAAUUUCUGAUAGAACAGGUCUGCAAACUUCUCUUGAAUUUGUUGGCUGUUUUAUCAUUAUCCCCAAAAGGCAGCAUUGUCAUGGCAAGUACAGUUUGCAAAUAAAAAUUAUUACUACUA